AUGAUCAUACCAGUGCGGUGUUUUACGUGUGGAAAGGUUAUAGGUGAUAAGUGGGAACCCUAUCUCCAGUUACUGCGAGAGAAAACAGAAGCAGAGGCGCUUGACGCCCUGGGGCUGAAGCGAUACUGCUGUCGGCGAAUGCUCCUGACGCACGUAGAUCUCAUAGAAAAGUCUCUGCGCUAUGCCUGGAAUGAUAAGCGCCACGAAGGGUUUGAGGACGAACUGCCGGGUCAGGGUACAAUGCCCGGCGGUAUGGGUCCUGGUUUAGCGGGUCCAACGUCAACGCUUCCACCGCGGCCAUAG